CUGCUUGCCCCUGCCCUGUCUCCAGGUGAAGCUCUACCAUCGAGCCAUGUCCUGCUGCAACCCGUGCGUGCCCUGCCAGCCCUGCGGCCCGACCCCGCUGGCCAACAGCUGCAAUGAGCCCUGUGUCAGGCAGUGCCAGAGCUCCACCGUCGCCAUCCAGCCCUCCGCCGUGGUGGUGACCCUGCCCGGCCCCAUCCUCAGCUCCUUCCCGCAGAACACUGUUGUGGGCUCCUCCACCUCCGCUGCCAUUGGCAGCAUCCUCAGCUCCGAGGGAGUGCCCAUCAACUCCGGGGGCUUUGACCUCUCCUGCAUCACCAACCGCUACUGCCGCAGACCCUGCUAAAGGUGAUGGCUGCGUCCUCAGGCAGGAACAUCCAAGACCUCACAACAUGGAUCUGGACAGGAGAUAGAGCUUCACGGCGCUGUUUCCUUCUUCCA